CGAAGUGAAGGAAACGACGUGAAGGAGGCACCCAUGCAUCGCGCUCAAAGCAGCGCGUAGAGGCUAGGCCAUCCGUCCACACAGCACAAUGACCGAGGCGAAGAUGCAAUUUGUCACUCUACUUGUCGUCAGUUGUCUGCUCUAUGCAACCGCUCUUCCCCGGCUGGCCACAGUGCCCGGCGCUUCCCUGGUGCAGCGCGGUGCUGGCGGGCGCAUCGGCAGGGCGGCCAACGCGGCAGCCACCGCCAUGCUGACUGCCGGCAACCAGGUGCCAUCCAUGCCGUCGAUUGCAUCGCUGCCAUCCGUGGCUGGAAAUCUGGCCACCCAAUUCGCGUCGGGCGAUCCCAUGAGCGCGGUGCAGCAGGUGAUAAGCCAGGGUCCAGCCGCAGGGGCCGCUGCGGCGCUGGGCCAGUGCGACCGUGCCUGCACCGAGGGGGAGACCUGUAUGCUGGUGUCCGCCAACGAGCUGGAGUCCUAUCAUCAGCGGAUGCAGCAGCCGCGUCAGCCGUUCCUGGCCCGCCAGCGCGUUAAGUUCAAGUGUGUGUGCACGGCCAAGGGGUACGCCACCAACGAACAGGGGCAGUGUGUGCGGACGAGUGCGGAGACAAAGGGCGUCGACGUGCGCAAGAUGGUGGAGCAGGGGUUGCGACAGGCCGGGGGGGGCGGCGGCGGCGCGCAGCCCGCUGCUGGUACCAAGCCGAAGGCGCCGAAGGCCAAGACGACAAUGGCCAUCAUAGACAGCAGAGAGGUGAGUGAGGACAAGCGGGCAGAUCUCGUGUGAUUGAUGAUCGUCAUCGUGUUUGUUAUGUGUCUCUCUCUCCCCCCUGUUCAGGAGUUGAGCACGUUUGCUGAUCUGGUAAAGCAGAUGGGUCUCAACCGGACGUUGAGCGCCAACACGUGGUUCUCAGUGCUGGCCAUCCCCAACAGCGUGUUCGAACAGCCCAUGAUGCAGCCCCUACUGGAGAACAAAGAGGCCCUCUCUACGGUCAGUGAGUGACUGAGUGAGUGAGAUGCAGACCACCAGACCCGACUCGACUCCACCACCACCGUACCUGUGUGUCAUUCAUUCAUCCCUCCCUUCAGUUGUUUUUGCAACACAUUCUGGCGCGUCCGUACACUGUCAAUGAGUUCAUGGAGAAGGGCCACAUCUACACGGUGUCGCACAGUAAGAUCCCCAUCACCAAGAUCGACGACAAGAGCUUCACCGUCGACCUGGGGCCGGAGGAGGAGGAAGGCCGCCCAGUCGUCACAGUUCUCGAGCCCAAUAUCGAGUCAUACAAUGUGGGUGGGUGGGUGGGCACCAAGGCGUUAUCACUCUGAUGUGGACUGAAUGGGUCUUGUCUGUGUGUGUGUGUGUCAAGGGUUACGUGCACAUCGUGGACACCAUCCUGCUGCCCCACAUGGCCCUCAGUCUCAUGCCGCGAGAGCCGGUGGAGGACCAACAGCAGCAGCAGCAGCAGCAGCAACAGCAGCAGCAGAAGCAACAGCAGGCCACAGAGGAUGCCACCAUGGCCCCAGCCGACGACGAAGUGACGGAGCCGUCCGACAGCAAGAACGACAGCCAGCCUGAGCCACAGCAGGCCGAGCUGAGCGCGGACAAAGCCAACGAUGAGGCGCCGCUGUCCAUCGAAGACAUCGUCAAGCAGCUCGCUGGCGAGCAGGAGACUAGAAAGAAUGAGGGCGACAAGGCUGAGGGUGACAAGGCUGAGGUCGGGAGGGCCGGUGUGUCGGAGAAGGUGUCUCAUGAGGAGAUGCGCAAGCGCAUCCAGGAGGCCAUGCGCAAGAGGAUGGCCGUCGAUGAGGAGAAGGACAAGGCGGAGGAGACCGAGACAGAGACAAAGACCAGCAACAAAGAAGAGGAGAGCAACAAGACCAAGGACAACAAGAAGGAGAAAGACAAAAAGGGGGAGGCUGAAGAAGCUGAGGAUAGCAGCGGCAAGGAGGCCACCAAGACCGUCAAGCUGCCUCAGAAGAUGUCCAACGACGAGAUGCGUGAGGGGGUGGAGACUGCUGUCAGGAAGAAACUCGCCAUCGAGGAGCAGCGAAAGAAGCCCGCAAAGGCACCGGACAGCGAGGCCGAGCCGAAGGACAAGAAUGGGAGGCCAAAGCUCAACACCCGCACCGUGGGCGAGAUCAUUCGACAGGACCCCGUGAGCUCCUCACUACACACAUUCUUUCAGCACACGCCCACCCGCCCCACCCAUAAAUAUUGUGUGUCCCCUGUCUGCCUGCCAGCAUCUGUUGAGCUUCUACAGUGCUCUGAGACAGCGCGGUGAGGGCAGCGGGUCCCUCCUCGCAGACCUGUCCCGCAGCAGCGGCCAGUACACCAUCUUCGCACCCGUCAACAGGGCAUUCACCUCCCUCGGCAAGCAAGUACUCACCAAGUAAGUGCCACAUCAACAUGCACAGACAGACGUAUACACACGUGCAUAUGCUCAUUCGUUCGUGUGGUCGUGCGUGUCGAUAUAUAUCACUACCAGGUUGUCGAAGGAUCCCGAGCUGCUCGGCCAGGUGAUGUCCCACCACAUCGUCAAAGACACCCUCUCUGCCGCCGACCUCGCCACAGCCAAGGUCUCAUCCAUCCUCGGCGACGCAGUCGACAUCUCACAGCAGUCGUCCACCAAGGCCGACGGCUCUUCCGCCGCUGCGAGAUUCACGGUGGGCCAGGCCAAUGUGGUCAUGGACCAGGCUAAGCCCAUCGAGCAGCGCGGCAGCAACGGCGUCAUCUACUACAUAGACUCGCUCGUCAUCCCCGCCUCGCUCGAGCCACAGCUGGAGGGGCGCCGACUGUCACGCACUCAGGACAAGGAGGCUGAAAAUGAGGCAGCAGUGACGCCGCCCCCGUCCUUCGUAGACUUUUCCAUUGACGGCGACACGACCCACAUCACGCGACACCAUGAGGACUCCGACGGGCCCGUCUAUCAGAGCAGCACGGUGCACGAGGCCACGGGGCCCGGUGGGGAGGGCUACUCAUUCAGCGAGACCUUUGUGUAUGACGGCACCAAGGAUCAGGCGAAUGCGACCAAGCUCAGCGAGGCUGACCGGGCUGCCUUGAUGAACCACAGCAUGGCGAUGAUCGACGCGAGCAUGGCGAUGGUGGAUGAGGCGAUCGACAGCAUGGGGGACGUCCUGGACACUGCCAUGGGAUUCAUCGACGCUGACCCGGUUGGUACACAUAACGAGACACAAGACACACAUACUACUUUGGCAUUACCAUUCCCUUUGUGCGUGUGUGUGUGUAGUUCCUGUCCCCGCACACCAAGGGCACCCACCAGAAGUCCAGCAACGGCUCCCACGCACGCGACCUUCCCAGCAGCAGAAACUCAUCGUCUGAACAGGCGCCUUCACGAGGGUCGUCUGGCAGCAUGUGGAAUUGGCUGUGGGGUGAAGACGACAGCAGCUUGUGGGGCAGCAGGACCUUCGACGACCUGAGCAAGUCGCUGCACCAGUCUCUCUCCGAGACAUGGAGGGUGGUGCAGGAGCAGGAAAUGGAACUCAUGAACACCUUCUACGACAAGGUUCGCCGGCCAGCACACACAGGGGGGGUGCAUUCACCGAACCACCACUCUCUUGUGUGUGUGUGUGUCUCUUGCCGUCAUGUGAUUAUUAGGUGUUCGGUGGUUACGGGAACGGUAGCGGCACUGUUCACAAUGAGGCAGCCAAUGGACCAUCAUCGAAGGGUGCUCAGCACGAGCUGACAGCGGCCGAAGUCAAAGAGAUCGCCGCCCCUCCAUCAUCUGACAAGGCGAAAGCAAAUGCAUCCCAACGGGACAAGGCCCCGUCAGACAAGACGGCAGCGAAGGCUCCACAGCAGGCAGCGCCAGCUCCAGCACCAUCUGACACUAGCGUGGCCAAGGCGGCAGAGCAGCCUCAGCUCGAGACUGCAGCAGCAGAGAAGGCGGAGAUGUAUGUGCCUGAGCGGGACACCCCCUCCGUCGAUGCCAGGCACUCAGCCAGGCAGCCUGGCGGCCCGUGAUGGUUAGGUGUAGAGAGACGCAUGAGCAAUGGUAGACAGACAGGUACAUGGCUGACUGGCUGGCUGGCCGGUACGUGUAGGAGAUUUAUUGUGCGCAUGUUUGGUUUGUAUAGGAGAGAGAUAGAGAAAGAGAUACUAGGCUCAGUACGUACGUAAUUUGUGUUAUGUUUGUGAAUUGACAUACACACACACACAGAGUACUGCAUGCAAUCGGACCGGCGAUUUGCGUCCUUUUUGCCUUCUUGUUGUUACAUCAAACCAUCAAUCAAUCAUUG